AUGGUACAGCUCGAGCAAACUGGAAAGAAGCCAAGGCUUCAGCACUCCGAUCUCGCCAAUUCAGCCUUAACUCCCGAGGAAAAGCAACGCGAACGGCAAAAAAGAUGGGUCGCCAAUGAGAAACGCGAUCCACACAGGGCUCAAGAGAUGAAGGAACAGAACACCGCCAACAAACGGGCAUGGCGAAAACGCAAGAGAGAGGAAAUGCAGAGCAAACAGCUCACGCCCAACACAAACUCCCAAAGCCACGCCCCUCAAAAGCGGCCUCGGACCUCAUCUCCUGAAGCGCCUUCGGGUCAUGUGGGCCCAUCCAUCUCAGAACCCGACACCAUCCCCAUCGGCCCCAUCCUCCUGGCACAGGAGACCCUCACAACCAUUGUGACACCCCGCCCAAUGCGCGACAUCGCCGUCAUGACAGACACGCCCAGCCCUCCCGUCAAUUGUUCCUCUAUUCCAGAUGACCAAGCAUACCCCUCACCCACCUUGUCUGCACUCACCGACCUAGAGUUCCGUGAUCUGGCAAAUCCUAUCAUUGGCUCCCAAGUCCAUGAACAAUCAGAUACCGUUCAAUGGGACGAUGGAUCUACCACUGUGCUUCCCUGCAUCAUGAAGAACGGCAUAAAUAUAUGCGAAGAAGACGCCCUUGCAGUAUCGUUUUUUGCUUCACUCCCAGAAUCGCUUCCCGCGACCUCGAAAAACGUCGUCCACUUACAGCAUAGCGAUCGGCGCUUUACAAGCCGACAGUUAUGCGACGAGAUAUCCGCAGCGCUUCGCAUCAACAAAGCCGUUGUCAUUCGGCAAGUGAGCACACCCGAGCCUGCAACGCUUGAUUUAGAGUACCUGGAAGAUCGCGGAAUGUCAGACCUCAUGCGUGUCGUAGUACACGACGCUGAACAACGCACGAAGGAUUUUACGUAUCCCCACCAGAACGCAACGCUUGCAGAAUUCAUACGCAACAUACACGACCCCAACAAGAUACAAUGUAUACUCGACGUUCCAUAUGGACAGGGCGGUCUCCCGUCAUAUCUGAGUACUCUCGACAGUGGCAUUACCAACGGAUGGAAUCAAACCACAGUCGAUUGCCCCAUCGGUGACAAAGUCCAUCCGGACAACUUCAUCGUACAUUCGUGGUCUUUGCUCCACGGGCCCGCGUAUUGGACAAAUCCCCACCACGACUCUGAUGGCAGCGUGACCUUUGUUCAAAUUGAAACCGGCGAGAAAAAAUGGGGCCUAUUCAAACCAAUCCACGAGGACACGAUUACUCGGACCAACCUCUCCAACAUAGCCUUAACAUUGACCGAUCUCUACCGAAACCGAGAGAAUAUCCAGGAAAAUUGGCACGGAGAAAUUGUCACUCUCUUGCCGGGUGACAUGCUUAUACAACCGGCAGGACAGUUUCACGCGGUUUACACACCUGUGGCUUCGUUUGCUACCGGGGGGCAUUUCUACAACUACGAAUGCAUGCAUUUAACGGAACUCUCUCGUUACAUAGACCAUAAACAAGGCAAAAUCCUCACUAACCAAGUACACGCACACUCCCUCGAAACGUUCCAGCGAAUGGUCAUCAACUUACCACGCAUAUCGCGUCGCGUUAAGUUAUACAACAGGCCCCUCAUCGCCCUGUGCACUAUGGUCUUGGAAUGCGAUAAAUAUGUGGCUGCCGGCACCGAAAAACCAAAAGUACGAUCGAGCACCACUCAACCAGCGCACGAUAUUGCAAACGCCAUCAUCAAACAUUUCUGGAAGGACUUGAAGACGGCAACCAAGACAUAUCGCAAGAAGCAGACGGACGGGAGCAACAACCAAAUGCAUCCAGGGGAACCCAUCAGUAGAGAAGAACUAUUGACCUGCCUAAAGCGCUUUACGACAUUGUAA